AUGUCGAGAACGAUUUAUCCCGUGAAACUUCAACAGAAAGUUGGAUUCUCGAAGAACACGGAUAAGACGAGAAUUCUACGCAGAGGAGGAGGAAGAAGAAGACCACGUUUUAAAAGCGAAGAAGGAGAAAAAGUACGAGGAGAACGACGCGUUUUACUUCUUCGAACGACGACGACGACGACGAGCAAUAGCAAUAGCAGUAUUAAAGAUGGUGCUUUCAAAGAAGAAGAUAAAGAGGAGGAGGAAAAACCACUCUUGAGCGGUACGGCGAUUAAAAGGAUCGCGGGUGAAGACGUCGAUGUAAGCACAGAACAGAAAAAGCUUUCGAGAGCAAAAGCGAGAAAGAGAACGAAAGAGACGGUGGAGUUUGACGCGAAUUUUUGUAACGUGGUGACUCGAUACGACCCCGAGGCGAUUCGGCGAGAAGCGUUAAGACGACCGGCAAAGUUGGCGAAACGAGUGUUGUUUUUGACGCAAAAGUUUUCAAAGUUGAACGGGAAGAGGAAAGAGUUGGAAAGAAUCGAUCGGUCAACGGCCGAAAAGAGCGCGGAUGGGGUGACGAACGAUAGAUUAUGGGCGAAAGAGGUGAAGACGACGUUGACGAGCUUGGGACCGCUGUUCGUGAAGCUCGGGCAGAAUUUAGCGAAUAGGCCGGAUUUAGUGCCGGAAGACGUUAUGGAGGAGUUGACGACUUUACAAGAUAAAGUUCCAGCGUUUCCCACGUCCGAAGCGAGGGAGAUAAUGGAAUCGCAGUGGGGGGAGAAAAUUGACGACGUGUUUGAGACGUUUACGAAAGAGCCAGUCGCCGCGGCAAGCAUCGGACAGGUGUAUCGAGGGACGCUGAAAAAAGAUAAACGGGACGUGGCGAUAAAAGUUUUGAGACCAAACACGAGAGACUCGGUGAUUUUAGAUUUGUUCGUGUUGAGAGCGGCGGCGAAGCAAUUGUUUGACAACUUCUGUUUGGAAAACGUCGGGUGCCCUGCGACGCUUUUAGUCGACGAGUUCGCGGAGAAAUUAUUGGAAGAGCUCGAUUUCAUCCAAGAAGGGAGAAACUUGAGAGAUUUUCGGAACAAUUUUGCGGACGAUCCGUCCGUACACAUACCAGCGGUCGUUCCAGAACUCUCCGGUCCGAAAGUUUUAGUCAUGGAUUGGCAAGAAGGUGUUCGGUGCACCGCGCCGAACGCGUUUGGCAGCGACGAGGCGAAACGCAUUUUUCUCCAAAACGGCGUCGAAAGCGGCUUGAGACAACUGUUAGAUUUUGGUUUGUUUCACGGCGAUCCGCACCCGGGAAAUGUGUUAGCCUUGAGAGACGGUGAUAUUGCCUACGUCGAUUUCGGUAACGUCGCGGAGAUUUCGAGAUCCAACCAAGAAUCGUUGAUUGAUGCCGUCGUGCACACGAUGAAUCGAGAUUACAUGCAACUCUCGGAGACGUUGCAAACGCUCGGCUUUUUAGAUAAGAACAAAGCGGACAUCGCGGAUGUCGCGUUGGGGUUGCAAGAGGUUUGGGGUGAAGACGCGUUGGAACAGUUAGCGGGCACGAACGGAUUUUCCUUUCGGGGGUUGACGAAAGAGUUCAACAAGUUAUUGUUCAAGUACCCGAUUCGAGUUCCCGAAAGGUUUUCCUUGGUCAUUCGAUCGUUGUUGACGCAAGAAUCGAUUUGCUUGACGUUAGACCCGGAAUUUAACUUUUUAGAUGCCGCGUUUCCAUACGUCGCCAGACGUCUUUUGACCGACCCAGACCCGGCGCUGCGUUUACGAUUGCUCAAAGUUAUCAUCGUCGAUGGUCGAUUCGAGUGGGAACGGUUGACCGCCAUGAUUGAGUUGGCGCAAGUCGGCGCGAAAGGCGGCGUUAAGUUGCCCAUGUUUAGCAUGGCCGCAGACGCGGCAAUCAUGCUGACGAAAGAUAAAACGUUGCGCACGGAACUGGCAAAAGGAUUGCGCUCGGUGCCGGUGACUGAACACAUCAAACGCUCGUUUGAUUUCGGACAAGUGAUUAUUAAGUUAGUCAUUGCCCAAAUCGCGGGCAAAGCCUUUCGAGGAUUUACGUUUGCGUUUGGCGGUUUAUUCGGCAUGCCAAAAAUUUUGUUCAAGUUUGCUUUUGGGAAAAGGAAAAAGUUACGCACGGUUAUGGGAUGCUCGCUCACCGAACCCGAGGAAGGUUUUUCGAGCUUUGGCGAUUGGGUUGAGUUUGAACGCUCGCAAGGGAGCGGCGACGAUAGCGCCUCUUCUGCCGCCGCCGCCGCUUAA